UGGGGAUGUAUGAGGAUGGAAUGGAUGGAACUGCCGGAAAGAAGGGCAAGGGGAAGGCCAAGGCCAAAGUGGGUAGGCCACCCAAGUCAGUGGAUACGACUAGGGGAGGUGCUGCAACAGGCGCAAGGGGAAAGAAGCGGAAGAAGGGCAACGAAAACGAGAGCGCGACCGAGGCAGAGAUGGCACGCCCUGUAGGUAAAAGCUCUGCCCCAACCUCCGCGUCACGUCCUCCGAAGCCGAGACCUAUACCUAUCGCCAAACGACAAAAACCGACAGAGACGACGGAUGCCAGUGAAAACGACUGGGAUAGUGCGAGGCACAGUGAUGCGAGCGCCGCUACCACUGUAAGUAAACGAAGCAGAAAGCCGACAUCUACGUCGGAGGCUUCCUCUCCACCGCCACCCCCAUCCACGCAACCGCCCCAGAGGUCCCUACGAGCUCAAUCUGCCUAUCGCGACGAAUCUUCGACAGACGAGAGCGAGGACGAUUCGUCUACCUUGGUCCCGUCUUCUCGCCGCAGCAUAGAGCUCUCGAAGACCGCAGAACGAUCCAAAACCCGCGCCGUCACCGAUUCCAGCGAAGUCGAGGUCAUCGAAAGUGCUAUUGCUGAUCAGACGCCGAAACGCAAGGGCCCUCCCCGUCCACGGAUGGUCAAGAAGGAUGCGACACUGACCGACAAGGAUAUCAACGGAGUCAGGCUGAGUCCGGAAGAGACUCCGAAAGCUAAGGUUGGGAGUGCGAGGCGAAAGGGAAGUGAGGAGCCCAGGAGAGUUGGUGAACCCUCGAAGGCGUUCCAUCCGUUGCGGGCUGCAAGGGCUCGGACCGCUAAUAAGAAUGAGUACGUGAAAUAAUACUGCCUGAGAGCCCUUGUAUUCC